AUGGCAGAAAUAGACAACGCAAACUUGCCACAAACCUUCAAUUUGGUACUUUUGAGUGAGGAUUCUGACAGCGAUGGUAUUGUGGCCCACUUUCCUGCCCAUGAGAAGCCAGUGUGCUGUAUGGCUUUUAACACAAGUGGAAUGCUUCUAGUUACGUCAGACACCCUUGGCCAUGAUUUUCAUGUCUUCCAAAUUCUGACUCAUCCUUGGUCUUCUUCACAAAGUGCUGUCCACCAUCUGUACACUCUUCACAGGGGAGAAACUGAAGCCAAAGUACAAGACAUCUGCUUCAGCCAUGACUGUCGCUGGGUUGUGGUCAGUACUCUCCGGGGUACUUCCCACGUUUUUCCCAUCAACCCAUACGGUGGUCAGCCUUGUGUUCGUACACAUAUGUCACCACGAGUAGUGAAUCGCAUGAGCCGUUUCCAGAAAAGUGCCGGACUGGAAGAGAUUGAACAAGAACUGACAUCUAAGCAAGGAGGUCGCUGUAGCCCUGUUCCAGGUCUAUCAAGCAGCCCUUCUGGUUCACCCCUACAUGGGAAACUGAACAGCCAAGAGUCCUACAACAAUUUUACCAACAAUAAUCCUGGCAACCCUCGGCUUUCUCCUCUCCCCAGCUUGAUGGUCGUGAUGCCUCUUGCACAAAUCAAGCAGCCGAUGACAUUGGGGACCAUCACCAAACGAACAGGGCCUUAUCUGUUUGGAGCGGGGUGUUUUUCCAUAAAAGCUCCAUGCAAAGUUAAACCACCUCCGCAAAUUUCACCCAGCAAAUCGAUGGGCGGGGAAUUUUGUGUGGCUGCUAUCUUUGGGACAUCCAGGUCAUGGUUUGCAAAUAAUGCAGGUCUGAAAAGAGAAAAAGAUCAGUCCAAACAAGUCAUAGUUGAGUCUCUAUAUGUUAUCAGUUGCUAUGGGACCUUAGUGGAGCAUAUGAUGGAACCGCGACCCCUCAGCACUGCCCCCAAAAUUAGCGAUGACACUCCAUUGGAAAUGAUGACAUCACCUCGAGCCAGCUGGACUCUGGUUAGAACCCCUCAAUGGAAUGAAUUGCAACCACCAUUUAAUGCAAACCACCCUCUGCUCCUCGCUGCAGAUGCAGUACAGUAUUAUCAAUUCCUGCUUGCUGGCCUGGUUCCCCCUGGAAGUCCUGGGCCCAUUACUCGACAUGGAUCCUACGACAGUUUAGCCUCUGACCAUAGUGGACAGGAAGAUGAAGAAUGGCUGUCACAGGUUGAAAUUGUAACCCACACUGGACCCCACAGACGUCUGUGGAUGGGUCCACAGUUCCAGUUCAAAACCAUCCAUCCCUCAGGCCAAACCACUGUUAUAUCAUCUAGUUCAUCUGUGUUGCAGUCUCAUGGUCCAAGUGAUACUCCACAGCCCCUUUUGGAUUUUGAUACAGAUGACCUUGAUCUCAACAGUCUCAGGAUCCAGCCAGUCCGCUCUGACCCAGUCAGCAUGCCAGGGUCAUCCCGUCCAGUCUCUGAUCGAAGGGGAGUUUCCACAGUGAUUGAUGCUGCCUCAGGAUGUUAAAAGAUCAAUGUCAAGUUAACAAUGAGGAAAAAUUAGCUCAGCACAAUUAAGAAAAAAGAUUGCCUCAUUUGAAGAUGAAGAAACAGUAACAGAAGUAGAAGAAGCUGUUGGAAAAGUUUCUCCUGAUGACACAUUGCCUCUUUGAAUAAAUCUUUGUGUCAAUCUAUUGCAAGCACCAGGUCCUUGACAUGACUUUAAGUCUUUCCUAAGCAUUUUGAGAAGGAAUCGAUGAAUUCUCUCCAUUGUUGAUAUGCCAUGGUACCACAUAUUACCUGGGACUUUUCAAGCAAAAGACCCAGCUUUUCUCUUUUUACGUUAAUUACUACAUCUCUAAUACAAGGCUGGACUGUUUAUGGUCUGUUGCCUGAGACUGUGGUGGCAGGAGGACAACGUUGAGGGCAGUAUUAGAAUUUGUUUAAGUCUGAACCGGGAAUUCCAUUUGUCUUAGUGACUUGAUUGUCAAACUGUUAGUGCCACACUAUUUUAAAUUGUGUCCAAGAACUUGAGAGGCUUAUGCUUAUAGGUGCUAUCUGUGAACUCAGAAACAAACAAAGAGCCUCUCUCCAUUGAAUGGUAAGCCAAGUGGGCAAUUAAAGAGCAGCCUGGGAUCUCAGCUGGCAACUAGUCAGAACCAGAGCUCCUGAUAUUCCCCUGGAUAUUGUUGAAAAUGGUCACAGUAAAGCUAAAGUAAAUAAUCAAAGUGAAAACAGUUGUUCCAGAGAAAAGUCUUGUUUUGGAAGCUUGGUGUUGUAGAAAGAAUAAUGACAGUAACUUAUGAAUCUUUGGUUCUAGACUCAGCUCUGCCUGUAGCUACCUGUUUAUUAUUGCUUUGAAACCCAGCAUUUCCCUAAAAUGAGGGAAUUGAACUAGGUUAUUUCCAAAGUCCCUUUUAGCUUGAAAAAUUGAUGAAUCUGUACUUUAGAACACCUUUGAAGACAUUUUAAAAUUAAGGUAUAAUUUAUCUAUAGCAAACAUGCACAUAUAUUAAUCAGACAACUGUAUGAACUUUUAUACCCA